CAAUAGAGCUGUUGUGCCGUGUUGGUGAACGUACUGCAGCCUGGAGAGUCCCACUGUCUGCUGGGAUACAAAAAGCCUUAUAUUUACUAUAAUAUUAAGACUAAAGUCCAAAUUUCCACAGCUUUGUGUAUGUUCGGUCUGCGUGGCUGCGUGUUUGAGGAGAGCAAAGCGGAAAGCCAGCGUGGAGUGAAGAGAUGAAACAUAGUGAAUAGUCACCAGAAGAAUCUACUAGCAUGCUUUUCAGUCUGAUGUUUAUGGACGUUACAGGAUGAAACGUGUCAGGUCGUCCAGCAGCAGCGACAGUUCCGACAGUGAGAGCCCAUCAACGUCCUUCUCUAACAAAUAUGACAGCAAAACUGGAACCCCGGCCUCCGACCCAAAGAAACCGGCUGAAGUGUUCAGAAAAGACCUGAUCAGCGCCAUGAAGAUACCCGAUUCCCACCACGUGUCUCCAGAGGACUACUACCUGCUGGCCGACACCUGGAAGCAGGAGUGGGAGAAGGGCGUCCAGGUGCCGGCCAGUCCGGACACCAUCCCUGAGCCAUCAGUCAGACUCAUCGCUGAGAAGUCCAAAGUAGUGCUUUACACUCACCCAAGAAAGUACAUCCAGUGUUCAAGCCAGGAAGCGACAGAACCAGGAUAUGUCAACAUUAAGGAGCUGGCAGAGGCCAUGUGUCGCUAUGAUCUGGAUGAUAUGGACCUCUACUGGCUCCACGCGCUUAACCGUGAGCUGAGUCACAUGGGGGAGCUACCCAUAGAUGAGCUGACUAUGGAGCGAGCCUUGGAGGCUCUAGAGAGGCAGUGCCAUGACAACAUGAAACACGCCAUAGAAACCGUGGAAGGCCUGGGCAUCGAGUACGACGAGGACGUGAUUUGCGACGUGUGCCGCUCCCCAGACAGCGAAGAAGGAAACGACAUGGUGUUCUGUGACAAGUGCAACAUCUGUGUGCACCAGGCUUGUUACGGCAUCGUCAAAGUGCCGGUUGGGAACUGGCUCUGCAGGACUUGUGUCCUCAGCAUUGACCCUCAGUGCCUUCUUUGUCCCAAGAAGGGCGGCGCCAUGAAGGCCACACGUGCCGGCACAAAAUGGGCACAUGUGAGCUGCGCCCUAUGGAUACCCGAGGUGAGCAUAGCCUGUCCUGAGCGAAUGGAGCCCAUUACGAAAGUCUCCCACAUCCCGCCCAGCCGCUGGUCUCUCAUCUGCAGUCUGUGCAAACUGAAGACGGGUGCAUGUAUCCAGUGUUCAGUGAAGAACUGCACCAUUCCUUUCCAUGUGACUUGUGCCUUUGAGCACAGCCUGGAGAUGAAGACCAUCCUGGACGAAGGGGACGAGGUGAAGUUCAAGUCUUUCUGUCUGAAGCACAGCAAGUCCGGGGAAGCCGGCCUCAGCCCAGGUCGGUCCAAAGCCCCCGUAGAGGGGGGCAAGGUGGGCCAGCGGGCGCAGAGGCUGCAGGAGCUGGAGGAGGAGUUCUACACUCUGAUCCAGAUGGAGGAGCUGGCACAGGAGCUGGGGCUCUCUGAGCGCCUGGUGGACUUCAUCUAUCAGUACUGGAAGCUGAAGAGGAAAUCCAGUUUCAACAAGCCUCUGCUGCCCCCUAAAGAGGAGGAGGAGAACCUGAUGCUGCAGCCUCAGGAGGACAGCAUCCACACACGCAUGCGCAUGUUCAUGCACUUGCGACAGGAUUUAGAGCGGGUGAGGAAUCUGUGCUACAUGGUGAGUCGACGGGAGAAACUGAAGCUGCUGCAGAGUAAAGCCCAGGAGCAGAUGUUCAACCUGCAUGUGAAGCUGCUGAAUACAGAGAUCUCCACCGGUCUUCCUGCUUCUCUUCCGGUGGAAAACAUGCUGUUCCACCCUCCUCCAAGGAUCACUCUAAAACUGAAGAUGCCCAAACCUUCAGGUCUUGGAAACGGAAACUGCUCUUCCAAGGUGGGCAACGGUCCCCUCUGCCCAGACACCAGCGGGAACGUCGACGAGCAGCAUCCUGAGGGGCUGGGUCAGGGGAAGCCUCAGCUGCACGCCCGCUGCAGCAAAGAGGAGCGAGCCAACGGUCGGCUGUCUUCCUCCAGCAGCAGCCCACUAGCUGGCAAACCUGCAGGAAAACAUUUGGCUUUGCAUGUCAUGCACCAUGCCCAUUCAUCCAACGGUAACGGCAAACUGGACCAAGACCGGUCAUGCAUGGUUAAGUGUAAUGGUGUUUUGGAUAAGGCACUGGCUCAGAAGGACAGUUCCUGCCAGACACCAAUAAACCGGGACGUUACAAAGGAAGAGGCGGAUAAGAAAAGCUUUUGCAAGUCUGCCAUGGAGCAUUUUGGCAGACCCUUCAAAGAAGCGACUAUUAACUUGGUACGGACAACGGCGGACCUGCGGGCCUCAGACCUACUGUCCCAUAAAAGCUCUGCCAAAGAGAAACUGUGGGUAAAACCUGUAUUAGAACAUAAAGCAAAAAACAGACAAUCGCACCAGGACAGUGACGGAUACUGCCCCGACCUGGAGCUGAGCGACUCUGAACCCGAGGCCAGGGGGAGACAUGGCCAUCAGGUCGGGGUUCCACACGCUCAGAGAAAGGGGAAGCAUUCAGUGGGUUCCAGACACUCCAUGCAGAGGUGACGCCGUGGGCCGAUCCUUCCAGCUCCUUUUAGUCUUUGUUGACCUGCUGGGAGCAGCAGCCCAGCGGCCGGCCGGCUCUUUGGACACAUCAGGGACCGAGCCUCGGUGCUGAUGAUGCUUCACAUAUUAGCUAUUGUGUUGCAUUCAGAAGAGGAAAUCGUGUGAUACUCAACAGUAGGUUCCAACAUGCAGUUUGGAUUUGCUUUUAAUAGGAGAUAAUUCCUAUUAUUACAAUCAACCACAAACAUUUUCUACAUUAGUCCUGUAUGGUUCUGUUUUUAUUCGUUUACAGAUCAGCUGCCUUUUAUAAAAACGCUGCUUUCUAGUUUUUUUUUCUGUCUUUCAGUGUGAUAGGUUCUGAUAAGUAAACACUACAUUUGUCUCCAAACGGGGCGACGUGUUUUUACAGCGAGCUGACAUUCCAAUAUGUAUCCUUCAAUAAAACAAAAAAAAGAAACAGUGGUAGAAAGGUAAAGGACGGUGAAGGUAAAUGGUGAAACCUGCAGACCGCCGCCUGUCCUGGAGUCACAUGAGCAGCCGACAUCAUCACAGAACUUAAAUGUGAAAACCAGCGUCCAGCAUUUGCUGUUACCUGUGCUCCUGUUUAAGUAAUAAUGUACUUCAGAACUGCUGGGUUUAUUUUCUUUACAGAGAGACGAGGUUUAAACUGUUUGCUUAUACUUCACCUGACAAGAAAACAUUAAAGACGAUC